AGUUUUGUUCACGAUUGCGCACAGAGUACGUUCGCGGUCGUGCGAGAGUCCACAUGAGCCUGUUGCCAGUUAUUGAUCCUGACACGGUUAAACAACACUGCAUUGCUGUCAAGUACGAAAACAAUUCUAGUCACGAAGCGUUUGCAAAAACGCGUCGUCAAUCGGUUACGGUAACGUGUGCGUCUUUAUUUCUACGAGGACACCGCGUUAUCGAGAUGUGCCGUGUCUCAUCGACGUCAUCGUUCUUCUGUCAAAAUGUAGAGGAGGUCCCUCAAGACUGAAAUAUCGAUGAGUGACAUUUGCCAUUGAUACGGGAAGAUGUCAUCGGUAGUUUUCCGCGAAAGAAGUAACACGUAGAUAGAACGUGACAGAAACUCCUUGUCAUUGCCGAAUUUCUAUUCAUCUUUGUUAAUUGAGCAACGUCGAGAAGGGAAUCACUUGAUAUUUUGACUCUGAAACUUUAGGGGGAGUUGAAUUUGUGUCGCUGCUGCACAUGUGAUCCUCUAGGUGUUAUCUUCGGUCCGUAAUGAAGAAGUUUACAAUUAAAGGUGUGUUCGACGGGUUCCGAUCGUCGGUACCUCAACCCGUCAAACCUGAUCAGGAAAUCGUCGAAAACUUACGGCCGGAACACUUUCAAGUAAAGAAGACAUUCAGACAUGGCUUCCCGCAUCAGCCGACGGCAGUGGCAUUCGAUCCAGUUCAAAGGCUCCUUGCUAUUGGUACCAAAUCAGGCUCCCUUAGGAUUUUAGGUCGGCCGGGUGUAGAUGCGCAUGUAAAACACGAGGGAUGUUCAGCUGUGAUACAAUUACAGUUUUUAGUGAACGAGGGAGCUUUGGUGUCCGCUACAGCAGAUGACACCUUGCAUCUAUGGAAUUUCCGGCAGAAGAUCCCACAGGUCGUACAGAGUCUCAAAUUUCAGAGAGAGAGAAUAACCUGUAUCCAUCUGCCAUUGCAAAGUAAAUGGCUGUACGUUGGAACGGAACGAGGAAACAUCCAUGUGCUUCAUAUUGAGACGUUCGUUCUUUCCGGAUACGUAAUUAAUUGGAACAAAGCUAUCGAAGUAUUUAGAAAGACCCAUCCUGGUGCUGUAGUACACUUGAGUGAUAAUCCUUUAGAUUUGAGCAAGAUGCUGAUAGGAUAUGAUUCGGGACAGAUCGUUUUUUGGGAUUUGAAAACGAAGAACGCAGAUUACAGAUGCCAAAGCGAUGUACCGUUGAGAUCGAUAACGUGGCAUCACGAGGGUAAACAGUUUAUGUGUAGUCACACCGACGGUUCUCUGUCAACAUGGACGGUGCGCCAAGUGAAACCAACAAAUGUCACGCACCCCCACGCAAAAACUACGAAGGAUGGUGAACCAGAACCAUGCAAAGCAAUUCAGAAAGUCGAAUGGAAGCUUUCCAGAUCAGGGGAGGCAUACGUUAUAUUUUCCGGUGGUUUGGCGUACGAUACGACUGGGCGAACUCCAAGCAUAACUGUUAUACACGGGAAAACUACUACUGUAUUAGAAAUGGAACACAAUGUGAUAGACUUCAUAACGCUGUGUGAAAAUCCAUGGACCAGUGAUUAUCAGGAUCCAUAUGCUGUUGUGGUUCUGCUGCAAAACGAUUUGGUUGUGAUAGAUUUAUUAACUCCCGGAUUUCCGUGUUUCGAAAAUCCGUACCCGAUGGACAUACAUGAGUCACCGGUGACAUGCUGUGCAUACUUCGCCGACUGUCUAUCGGAUUUAGUACCUGCCUUUUAUUCAGUCGGAUCCAAGUCACAGAAAAAGACAGGGUUCAGUGAAAAGGAUUGGCCGAUAUCCGGCGGAGAAUGGAGUUCGAGCUCAAGUAGUUAUAAUGAAAUUAUUGUCACGGGGCACGCUGAUGGCAGUAUAAAAUUUUGGGACGCGUCUGCGGGUAGUUUACAAGUUCUUUACAAACUGAAGACGGCGAAACUUUUUGAAAAAGGUAGAACGCGUAGUAUAGACUCAGAAGAAGAUCCAUUGGCGAUACAACUGAUCUUCCUAUGUCCCGAAAGUCGGAAGUUAGCGAUCGCAGGGAGCGGAAAACACGUUGUUUUGUUUAAAUUCAAAAAAGUAGAGAGUAUGUCUGAGGUAGUGACAUUGGACAUCUCAUUGACGCCGGAUCAAGCGAAAGAGGUGGAAAGCUCGUCGGAUCACGACUCUCCGGCUGGUAAUACUUCAGGAAGUAGCGAAACUAAAAACUCUGAAACGAAUCAACCACUAAAAGUUAAGAGUGGUUUACAGAAGCGAGCUGCAGGCUUUCAAGCGACACUGAUCUGCUUAACGGUUGCUCCCAGUGGAGAACAGCCUGAAAAUAUAACAUCCCUUAGUUUGAACACUUCCUAUGGACUAAUGGCUUACGGAAAUGAGACUGGUUUGGUAGUAGUAGACAUCGUGCAGAAAAUUUCUUUGGUUGUAUUGAGCACAGCGGACAUCGGUGGUAACUCAGAUCCGUGUCAACGCGUGCUUCGCAGUCCUAAGCGACAAGACGAUUUGAAACGAGAGAACGAUGACAAAGCGAGGAGUCCUAGCACAGAUCAGACUCACCGAGACUCUACUGAGCCGUCUGAAGCCUUAUUAGCAAUGGUAGCUGACAAUGCUCAACAAUCGCAACAGUAUCCACCCCGUGGCGAAAACCAAACCGGGUGCAAUAACGAGAAACGAACCACAGAGGAAUCCGUAAACGAAAUCUGUAAGCCCAGCCAUACCGUGAACGAAGAGGAUUGCGCGAAAAAUCAUGGUUGGAAAGGAUUCAGCCUGAAGAGACAGCUUAGCAAGGUUGAUCUGAAAAUAAAAAGUACUUUCACGCCGACAUUGGUGACGUCUCAAAAUGGGGUAGGCACUGAUAGUAGCAGUCAGAAAUCUUCCGUUUUUUACUGUAACGUCAACGAAUCCGCGAGUUCGUUGUCCCCGGUCGAAAGUAUCGAGUCUGAAUCCCCGGUGUCGUCGGAAGGUUCGAUACCAGGCCGCGACAGUCCAUUGAAUGACGAUAAGAAACGCACAGUCCAGGACGCGAAGAGCCCGGUGGUCGUCGAAGGAGAGAACAAUAGUAAAUCGUCGCGAGCCCAUAACGAGGCCGCGCCGUCGACGGUACCGUCGGCGGUCAGGCCGGUGAACUUAACGUUGCCGGAGCCACCCAGGCUGAAGAAAAUUGUGAAGAUGAAACAGGCGAAACGAGAAGGUCGCUUAUUGUCUGUACCGAAUUUAAAGCUACCGAAAAACGAUCCGACGAUAUGCGACCUGCGGUGCGAGGAUAACACCGCCACAGAAUCCUUCACCUGCAAUCUAAUAAGAAGAUUCAACAAAUAUGACAGUUCGUUUCAACGAUCAAGGAGCUCGAGCAUGUCGUCGCUCGAGAACAUCACCACGGAGACCAUCAGCUGCCUUACAUUCGCAGAUUCCUACACGAAGAAAACCGAUACCUGCCCGGUACCAACACUCUGGAUUGGUACAUCGUUAGGAUCCAUACAAACGGUGAUAUUUAACACGCCUGUUCGUGGAGAACGACAUGCUCACCCAGUCGUUGUUUCUACGUGCAAUGGAUCUACUUUUAAGUUAAAGGGUUGUAUUCUAUCGAUAGCCUUCCUAGACUGUAAUGGCGCUUUGAUUCCAUACUCGUUUGAGUCCUGGAAAGAUGAUAGCGCGGAGGGCAAAGAGCGUAACAAGAGCCAAGGUAAAUGUACAAAUACUCGGAUGUCACCGUCGAUGACUACACAGGCAGCUGCAGGAGACGGUUUCGAAGAUCGUCAGUUUGUCGUGUUGGUGUCUGAGAAGCAAGCGAGGGUUUUGGCGUUACCAUCACAAAAUUGUCUGUAUAGACAACAACUGGCUGAAACUCAUAUUGUGAUUAAAGCAGAGAUUACCACUAUAAAAGACAAUGUUUGUCUCGUGUGUUACGUUUCAAAUGGACACAUAGCUACAUAUAGUCUACCAAGUCUGAGGCCACUGAUAGACGUCGAUUUCCUGCCUCUAAUAGAUUUAAGUUUUCAGACCACAAAACAUGGCAUUGUAGACCCCAUGUUGUCCAUAUGGGGUCACCAACUCUUUGUUAAUGGCGAUACCGAUCAAAUUGCAAAAACACUUUGCUUCAGCAAUAAAGGGCAUGGACUAUACCUGUCGUCGCCCACGGAAAUUCAGAAGUUCUCGGUAUCCAGUCAGUUUUGUGGCGAGUUAACUGAAAUGAUGGGUGAUCUAUUCAUUGGUCACGAUAUGCCUGAACCACCUAAAGAAAGUUUCUUCAAAGGCCUUUUCGGUGGAGGAUCACGAAGUCUCGACAGAGAAGAAUUAUUUGGAGAGUCAAGCGGACGAGCAUCACGCACCGUGGCGAAACACAUACCUGGACCGAACGCAGGCGCGGAGGCCCUUCGCGAGCGCGUGACAACCGCCACCGGCGAGGUGAACAUGGCCCAUCAAAUGGUCCUGGAGCGCGGCGAGAAGCUCUCGCAAUUAGAAGAGCGAACGGCUCGCAUGAUGAACGAGGCGGAAAGCUUCUCCCACUCCGCACACGGAUUGAUGCUCAAAUACAAAGACAAAAAAUGGUACCAACUAUGA